GAAACUGAAAAAAAUCUUGAAAAACAAGGGGAUAUGCUGCCAAAUUUUUUUCUAUUUUCUUUCCUAAGUUAUUUCCUCUUUUUUUUUUCUUGUUUUUGAAUGCUAUUUUUCCCAAAUGAUUCAUUGUCAUUUUUUUUGUUGAUUUUCCAUAAAACCCUGCUGAUUUUUUUUUUCAUGUUAAAUCAGCAAUGGCAAGUUCAACUCCAAGGGCAACCCCAAGGUCAGGAAGACAAAGAGAUAAAGCUUGGAAAUAUAGGAUUGCAGGAAGCAAAAAGGGGGAGGUCACUUGCACCGAAUGCACAAGAUGGAUGACUGGUGGAAUCAAUAGAUUAAAAUACCACCUUGCACAAAUACCUGGAUAUGGUGUGGAGGCAUGCCCCAAAUCAACUCCUGAAAUUAUUAGAGAGAUGAAGGCCAUUCUUGCUGAGAAUGAUAUGCAUAAGGAAGAAAGGCAAAAAACAAGAGAAGCCAUAGCAGCUGCAAUGAAUCCCACAUUGUCCACUUCGGGUCCCAUUGGUCAUAGUCGGGGUCGUCAGUCACUUUCAUCUUUUGGUGACAAUGAAGGUGAGGCUAGUGGCACUCCUGUUAGAUCAGACCCUAAUUUUUUUGUACCACGCAAUGUUCUAGGUGCACAACCUUCACUUGAAGGUACAGGAUGGAAUAAAGAGAAGCAUGAACAAGCACGGAUAGCAGCUUCAAACUUUUGGUUUUACAAUAAUCUAUCUUUCAAUGCAACAAACAAUGUGUAUUGGGAAAGUUUUGUUAAUGCAUGUACAGUGGCGGGUAAGGGGUUUAAGGCCCCAACAGGUCAUGACUUCAGUGGGCCAUUGCUAGAGAAAGCUGUGAAAAAUACAGAAGGUGUGGUUGAUGAUCAGAAAAGGUAUUGGAAGAGAAAAGGAUGCAGCAUUUUAUCUGAUGGAUGGACAGAUGGACGGAAUAGGACUCUUCUCAACUUCUUGGUGGCUUCAAAUGGUGCAAUGGUAUUCAUAAAGUCUGUUGAUGCCUCAAAUGAAAUAAAAAAUGCAGAGACUUUGUGUAAUCUGUUGGAUGGUGUGGUUCGGGAAGUUGGAGUUGAGAAUGUUGUCCAAAUUAUCACGGACAACGCAGCUGCAUAUGUAUCUGCAGGUAGAAUGCUUAUGCAGAGGCAUCCUUCGAUUACAUGGAGUCCUUGUGCUGCACAUUGCUUGGACUUGGUGCUAGAGGACAUUGGGAAGAUUGGAUGGGUGAAGAAGGUGGUUGAAGAUGCAAAAAGUGUCACCAAAUUCAUCUACAACCAUACUUGGGUGCUUGCUUUGAUGAGAAAAUACACAAAUGGCAAGGACCUUGUGCGACCUGGAGUGACACGAUUUGCUAGCCACUUCAUCACUUUGCAGAGCAUUCUUAGUGCCAUUCCUCAUCUUAAGCAGAUGUUUGUGUCAGAUGCUUGGUUGGGGUCUGCAUACUCCAAAAGACCUGAAGCAGAGAAGAUUGUGACCAUUGUUUUUGAUGAUGGGUUCAAUAAAAGUGGAGAGGAGUUGACUGCGGUGACAGAACCUUUGGUGAGGGUUCUUCGUAUGGUGGAUGGAGAGGGCAUGCCAAUGGGUUUCAUUUAUGAGGCCAUGGAUAGGGCCAAAGAGGCCAUUUCACAUUACUAUCGUGGAAAUGCAAGAAAAUGUGAAAUCUUUUGGCGCAUCAUUGAUCGUAGGUGGACAAACCAACUCCACCAACCGAUACAUGCCUUCGCCUACUUUUUGAACCCGAAAUUCUACUUCUCUGAUUCAUUUAGGGCUGAUGAGGAGGUCAUGGCAGGUGUUAUUACAUGCAUUGAUAAGAUGACACCUGAUCCUGAGUUGAGAGACAAGGUUCUUGAUGAGUUGGAGAUCUACAAAAGUGCAGAGGGGAGACUCUUCUCAUCACAACUAGCAAUUGAUAGGAGAGGAAAACAACAACCAGGUAAAACAUUUAGUAACUUAGUUCAACAGUGCAAGAAAAAACCUACAAACUUGAUUGUUACAUUUUUUUCUCAAUUCUAAUAUUUCUAAAUGUUUUUUGUAGAUUUAUGGUGGGAGAAUUAUGGUGCCGGCACGCCUAAUCUUCAAAAGAUAGCUAUCCGUGUUUUGUCUCAGCCAUGCAAUGCUUCUGGGUGUGAACGAAAUUGGAGUGUCUUUGAAAGCAUUCACACAAAGAAGAGAAAUAGAUUGUCACAAAAGCGGCUCAAUGAUCUAGUAUUUGUUCGGUACAACCUUCGCCUUCGAGUUAGACAGGGGGAGGGUGUUUCACAUGAGGCCAUUGACUUGGAUGAAAUUGAUCCAUAUGGUGAUUGGACCAUGAAUGAACAAAAUGAUGGUGAUGAUGUCCUCCUUACCGAAGAAGAAAUUGCAGAAAUAGAGAGAGGAGCAGCACAAGAUGCAGAAGGAGCAAGAUUGGAUGAAGAUGAGGACGAAGAUGAGGAUGAUGAUGAGGACUAUGACUUUGAAGAAGACUCAUCUCACCAUUUAGAUACCACAACACCCACUGCUACUACUUCUAGCUCAAGGCCUAAAAAAUUGAGCUAUAUUAGGAAAAAUACAAAGAGGAAGAUGUAGUCUUCUCUUUGGUUUGUUCAUUCACAUUGCUGUUUUUCACAUUUGCAGUUGGACUUGGACAUAUCAUU